UUGAAACAUUCAGUGACUUGCAUUUGCGGUUGCUAAUCAAGCAAUUUGCACAUAAUCUGCUGUAUUUUCUUGUGUAAUACCUGCGGAAGGAGUUUUAAAUUUUUCAGUAUUGCUGAUUACAGUUAGCAUUUGCAUCAUUAUUACUGUUGUGAAUGUGUUCAGCAGUGGACUUUUUGCAAGGAGUUUGUUGUGUUGCAGUCUUUGUUAAAGGUUUUCCUGUGUUUCGGAUAGCUGUGUGCAUAACAAGAAAUAGAAAUGGCCACCUAUUCAGAUAUUGUUCAGAAGGCUCGUAAUACCUUCAAGAGUGGGCGCACAAGGACCAUUGCCUUUCGAGAGAGCCAGCUGAAACAGUUGCUCUCGAUGGUCGAGGAGAACACCGUGGAGAUGAUUGAAGCCGUGGCAGAAGAUUUGCGGAAGAGCAAACAAGAAGCCGUUAUGCUUGAAAUCAACGUUGUGAUUAAUGAUGUAAGACAUGCUCUCUUUCAUCUAAAAGAGUGGACAGAGCCGGAGAAGCCUUCCAAAGAUUUAGUCAAUGUCAUGGACAGUUUAUUAAUCUACAAUGACCCAUAUGGAGUUGUGCUGAUAAUGGGUGCCUGGAAUUACCCCCUUCAGUUGACACUCCUGCCAGUCGUAGGUGCCAUCGCUGCAGGAAACUGUGUUGUCAUCAAACCUUCUGAGGUGUCUCCAGCAUCUGGAAACCUUAUGGCGAAGCUUAUCCCCAAGUACUUGGACCAGGAUUGCUUCCAUGUAGUGUUGGGAGGUGUUCCAGAAACUACAGAGUUACUUAAGGAGCGAUUUGAUUACAUAUUCUAUACAGGAUCUACAAGUGUUGGUAAAAUUGUGAGGACUGCGGCCAAUCAGCACCUCACUCCUGUUACACUUGAGCUUGGAGGCAAGAGCCCAGUGUACAUUGAUAACUCUGUAGAUAUGGACAUAACAGUAAAGCGAAUUCUUUGGGGGAAAUGUAUCAAUGCUGGACAAACUUGUAUUGCACCGGAUUAUAUCCUCUGCUCUAAAGCAGUCCAGUCGAGCUUUGUUGCGAAGGCCAAAGAUAUUCUAAAAGAAUGGUAUGGCAGUAAUGUGAAGAGCUCCCCAGACUUUUGUCGCAUUGUUUCCAAUAAGCAUUACAAGCGACUUACGUCUUUCUUGAACAAUGGAAGAAUAGCAGUUGGUGGUGAAACUGAUGCAUCAGAGAGAUUCAUUAGCCCAACUAUUUUAAUUGAUGUCAAAGCAUCUGAUCCUGUCAUGCAGGAGGAAGUGUUUGGACCAAUAUUGCCCAUUAUAAAUGUGAACAGUCCUUCUGAUGCCAUUGCUUUCAUAACCAGUCGGUAAGUACGUGAGCCACGUGGUUA